AUGACGAACUAUAUAAACCCACUCGUCCCCCCGUCCAUACGUCCAGUUUUUGAACGCACACUCCGCAUUCUUUCACUGCACACGUCCCUACCUUCCCCACCACUUGAAGCCGUCGAGGAGCUAGAUCCAGCGCGUCUCAAGCUCAACAUCUCGUUGCGCGCCGUCCGUCGUCGCCAUGGCUCGCUCGCUCUCCGCCAUCGCGCUCGUCGCCACUGGCCUGCUCGUCCUGCUCGAACCGCGUUUGUCUUCCUGCCAUUCUCCUCCUCAAUCCCACUCCAUUUCAUCCCACUCCUUCCCACUCCUCUUCCCACUCCCUCCACUCACCCCUGCACCCCACGCGCGCAGGCGCGGGACAUAGUGGUGGGGGGCAAGAACGGCUGGACGUACCAGCUGAACAACUGGAAGCCCAACCUGCCCGCGCGCGUAGGCGACGUGCUUGUGUUCAAGUGGGUUGGCAAGCACGACGUGUGGCAGAUGAACACUCCCUUGGCGUACCGGACCUGCAACUUCCGGCCCGGCGCGGCUAAGAAGCUGACGGGGCAGGUCACUGGCGGCAAGUACAGGUUUGUGGUGCCGGCCACAGCCAAGGGCAAGACCCUGUACUUCGGGUGUUCCGUGGUGUACCAUUGCGAGGGCAUGAUGAAAGUGGCGAUUCCGGUUCAGGCUUGA